AUGAUUGCGGGUUCUGAUCCGUAUAAGGUUGUCGCGAUGGUGUUUGAAGAGCUGGGCUAUCGGAGUGCUAUAGACCGGAUGAGUUUCGGUGCGUAUGGAGAAUGCAGGUCGUUGUCUUUGCCAUCCAAGGCGGUUCUCAUUCUGUUCACGAAGUCCGUCUCUUGGAGUUGGUUUGGUUUGUCUAGGUUGGUUCGAGGCGAUAUCCUUUAA